CUUGCUUUUCCCAAUGCCCCGCCCCUAACACCUCCCUCCUUCUGUGGGACACAGCAGUGACAGUGCACGGGAAGAACGGAGUGACAGGAGUCUUUUGUACAGGGUCACCCAGAGAGAAAAGGGGGACACCAGGCAAACGGAGGCGCCCGGAGUUGUUCAGCUGGGGAAAAGAAGGUGUGAGCGGGAGAGAGGCGAAGCAGGAGCCGCCCCAGAGGAGGAGGAAGAGGGUGAGACGCAGAGGAAGAAAGAGAAAAGAUCUCGCCCCGGCUGCUGCCACUACCUCGUUCUGUCUGACAGCCAUCAGCCCGCCCGAUGCGAGAGAGACUCUCCUGGCACUAACAUGGCCACUACCCAGACUUGCACCCGCUUUACGGACGAAUAUCAGCUGUAUGAGGAGCUUGGCAAGGGAGCCUUUUCAGUUGUACGAAGAUGUGUGAAGAAAUCUUCCAACCAGGAAUAUGCUGCAAAAAUAAUAAACACCAAAAAGCUGUCUGCAAGAGACCACCAGAAAUUGGAGCGGGAGGCUCGGAUUUGCCGACUUCUGAAACACCCUAACAUUGUGCGUCUCCAUGAGAGUAUUUCUGAAGAGGGCUUUCAUUACCUUGUUUUUGACCUGGUGACUGGUGGAGAGCUGUUUGAAGACAUUGUGGCAAGAGAAUAUUAUAGUGAAGCAGACGCCAGCCACUGUAUUCAUCAGAUCUUGGAAAGUGUCAACCACAUUCACCAGCAUGAUAUUGUACACAGGGACCUUAAGCCUGAGAAUCUUUUGUUGGCAAGUAAAUGCAAGGGAGCUGCUGUAAAACUGGCUGAUUUUGGGCUUGCCAUAGAAGUCCAAGGAGACCAACAAGCAUGGUUUGGGUUUGCAGGAACUCCAGGAUACCUCUCUCCUGAGGUGUUAAGAAAAGAUCCCUAUGGAAAACCAGUAGACAUAUGGGCAUGCGGGGUAAUUCUGUACAUAUUACUAGUCGGUUACCCUCCUUUUUGGGAUGAAGAUCAACAUAAGCUUUACCAACAGAUCAAAGCUGGGGCAUAUGAUUUUCCUUCACCUGAGUGGGAUACAGUGACCCCAGAGGCAAAGAAUUUGAUUAAUCAGAUGUUGACUAUAAACCCUGCAAAACGUAUCACAGCAGAUCAGGCUCUGAAGCAUCCAUGGGUCUGCCAACGAUCAACUGUUGCCUCUAUGAUGCACAGGCAAGAGACGGUGGAAUGCUUGAGAAAGUUCAAUGCACGGAGAAAGCUUAAAGGUGCAAUUCUCACAACAAUGUUGGUUUCUCGGAAUUUUUCAGGAAUUGCAUUUGGAUGCCGAAAAGCUGCAUCCACUGUCCCGUGUACCUCUUCAACGGGGGAAACUAUAACUGGUGUUGGCAGGCAGACCUCCGCCCCUGUUGUGGCCGCCACCAGUGCUGCCAACUUAGUCGAGCAAGCUGCCAAGAGUUUGUUGAACAAGAAGACAGAUGGUGUCAAGAAAAGGAAGUCGAGCUCCAGUGUACAUUUAAUGCCACAGACCAACAACAAAAACAGCAUAAUAAGCCCAGCAAAAGAAAACCCCCCAUUGCAGGCAUCAAUGGAACCUCAAACAACUGUUGUCCACAAUGCAACAGAUGGGAUAAAAGGAUCAACAGAGAGUUGCAACACCACCACUGAAGACGAAGAUCUGAAAGCAAAUCCUGUCUGUCCUGGGGAUGGCCCUUUGCUUCUCCAAGGAUGGAGCCAAAGUGAAAGCAAAAUACAGACUGAGUCCUUGCAAUCGCAGAUUGGUCUGUGGGGCUCUAGCACUGCCCAGUCUUGUGAGAAGACACUGCUUGCCUGGGACAGCCCAGGGCAAACUCUGGAGCUAGAGCCUGCUCAAUCGGAGCCUAUGCUCACUCCAGUUGUACCGUUUUCUCUUAGCAAUUCACUGUUGCGCAAACAGGAGAUCAUCAAGAUAACAGAACAGUUAAUUGAAGCUAUCAACAAUGGGGAUUUUGAAGCCUACACGAAAAUCUGUGAUCCAGGAUUAACUUCUUUUGAGCCGGAGGCUCUUGGCAACCUUGUUGAAGGGAUGGACUUCCAUAAAUUUUAUUUUGACAACUUGUUGUCCAAACACACCAAGCCUAUCCACACCACCAUUCUGAAUCCGCAUGUGCAUGUUAUUGGAGAGGAUGCUGCCUGCAUUGCUUACAUCCGGCUGACACAGUACAUUGAUGCACAAGGACGGCCUCGCACAACGCAGUCAGAAGAGACCAGAGUUUGGUACCGCAGGGAUGGCAAAUGGCUGAAUGUUCACUACCACUGCUCUGGGGCACCAGCAGCCCCUCUCCAGUGAGGAACUUACACAGCCUCUCAACUGGAAGAACCUGUUCUUAGCGAGCGAAUCUGGAUCGCCUGAACGACGGCAACAGUCCUGUCCGUUCUGAAGUUUUAAAAAAGAAAAAGUAAAUAAAAAGUACAAAAAAAUUUAAAUAUUGAUGCCGGCAGAGGCCAAAAAUGCACGAAACCCUGCAUGCAUUCUGAGGCUGGAGCAGCUGCUGGCUAAUUGUUGUAUUUCAUGGAUCCAUCGUGUCCGUUCCUGCUGUAUGGAGGUGUUUUUAAAUUUCAGAAAGAGCAAAAACUACAUUAAUAAGUAUAUACUGUUUGUUAAAAUCAGGCUGAGGAAAAGAGCUGCUUUUAUAGAGAAGGUGGUAGCCACCUUGGGCAGCUUUUAGUACAUAUUAAAAUAGGAAUACAAUGUAAGAGAAACUGUAGACAUUGUAAGAGCUGGUGGUUUGUAAACACCAGAGUAGACACUGGGUCUAACUUUUAGGACUCUGCUAUUGUCUUCAUUCAUUGAAGUGUUUACUUGCAGGUAGACCAGUGAGUAUGUUGUGUAGGCAAAGCCUCAGGAGAUGAUAUUAUGUUUUUAAACUGUUAUAUACAUAUUCACACUUCCACAUAAAAGUUUGCUAAUAUGCCUGAGGCUGUUUUACCUCCAAUGUAGCAAGGGGCUGGAGAAGAUUUGUCAGUCACCUGCAGACUCCUAUGAAACGAAUUUAUGUUUGUAAGGUAAUACGCAGGCAGAGUAAAGAAUUAAUUUCUCGUAAAGGAAAGAAUGUAAUCCUAGUAAUGUGCGCCCCGCAGAAGGAACAUUUCAUUAGUGGCGAUGUUGAUAUGAACUCUUGUAAAAAAUGUAGUAAAAAAAAACUGCCAUGUUUUGGGAGAGGUGUAUGACUCCUCCCAUGGUAUGUGUUUAAAGGGGGUUGAUAUAUUUUCACAGCGAUAAAGCUUUGUGUACUCAGAAGCAGAUCUUGAAUCUAUCUGCUUGUAUGUCAUGAGUGAUUUGUCAUGAGUGAAAUAAUACACUGAAAUUGAAUGCGUAGUGAUGUAUGCAUGUCUUUCUAUGCUUGCCUGCACCUUCAAAACUAGUGUGUGGUCUGGUGGGCCCUCAUUUCCCUGCAAGAAGGAACAGUGUCCAGUUACAUUUAUA